UCAAAGACGAGCACACUUCCGUAAACGAAAACGAGCUUUCAGUAUGAGCUGCUGCACACUCAGGUUUACCUUAUGUCAUCUUUAAACAGCUGGAUUCGUAGUUAUGGAUCGCAGCAGGUCACUGGAUAGACCCGGCAGAGAGAAAAAGCAGGAGAAGAAGAAGAAACGGAGACGAUCUUCCUCCUCCUCCUCUUCUUCAUCGUCUUCCUCAUCCAGCAGUAGAAGUCGGAGCAGAUCUACUAAAAAAGCUUCACACAAAAGCAGAGAUGAGAAAACACAAAGAAAGAAGCGCAGAAGACGCUCCUCUUCCUCGUCGUCCAGCUCUUCCUCCUCCUCGUCUUCUUCAUCCUCGUCGAGUGAUGAAAAGACAAAGAAGAAGAAAAGCAAAGCCAGAAAGAAGAAGCUGAAGAAGAAAAAGGCGACGCUGAAGAAACAGAAGAAAAAAGAGAAAAAGAAGAAGCUCAAGAAGAAGGAGAAGAAGAAAGCAGAGGUUCAGCUGCCUGCUGGUCCUGCAGAGAAACCUCCAUCUUACCUGGAGGUGUGGCAGAGUGAUGAGGGGGCCGUGGAGCUCGGGCCUGUCAUGACUGAUGAGCAGAAGGCUCGGCUCUCCACUAAGAGGCCUCUCACCAAGGAGGAGUACGAGGCCCGGCAGAGUGUGAUCCGCAGGGUGGUUGACCCUGAAACAGGACGGACCAGGCUGGUGAGAGGAGAGGGGGAGAUCAUAGAGGAGAUCGUCAGCCGAGAGAAACACAAAGACAUCAACAAGCAAGCUACGAAGGGAGACGGGAACGCCUUCCAGAGGAAACUAGGAAUCAACAGGUAGAAGAUAUUUUCUGAUAUCUGACUGCUGCUCAACUAAACUGAAACAAACUACUUCGAGAGGAGUUCACCCAGACUGCUGGAACCUUCUAUAAAUAUUGAACAAAGUACAUUUUUAGGGAUGCAGAUUUAUCUGUGAUUGAACUGUGUAGUAGCAAAUACAACAUGCAUCUCUCAAAGGAGAUUGAAAGAGAAACAGGAGUUACUGGAUUGUAAUAUUUAGAGUCAGCGGAUGCAGCAGCUCAUGACGUGCCAAAUAGUUUGCACAUCCAGUUUACACUGAUUCAUUUAUUUCAGCUGUUUUAAAGCAUAUCAGUGUGUAAAUUUAAAUAACGCUUCUUUUAUGAGUCGUGAACAUUCAAAUGGUCUCUUUAUUUGAUAUCAGCUAAUUGAUCUUGCAUCAUGUCUACUUAAUGUGGGAGGUUGACGUGUUUAGUGUCUACAUAUUGUGCAUCCACCUGUAGAUGUUCUCACACCUUGUUUCAUUUUUGUUCCCUAAAUAAGCCUGAAUUUGUGUGAACUGAUGCCAGAAAAAUAAACUGUCUUAACUUCC